AAUGGCCGCCUUAGCAACCACACGGAAACAUGGCUCGCAGGGAGAGGGAGACUUCAGCCCCCAGCAGAGCACACCAUCCCCCCUCAGCAGUCACAGUGUGGAGGAGAGGCUGGGCCAGCAGAAGGCAGCACAGUUUCUCAGGGAUGCUGAGAGGAUGAGGAAGCAGAUUGAGAUGUUAGAGAAGGAGAGGACACUGGGUGCUCAGUGCAGAAAGAAUGGCUGGACAGAUCUGUUUGGUGAACUGGAGGACUAUGAAAGAGUGCUGGAAGAAGAAAGAAAUGCUGAGAAGAUAAAUCUUCAAAAGCAGCUGGUGAAGAUCCACAAUGGAGUGAGGAAGUUUCAGAGACAGCUAACUGAUGUCAAGCCAACUCCUGAAUUGAUCGAAAAGCUGAAGGAAAUAAUGACCGAGGUAGAGCUCUCCAUCAACACCUUAAAGGAGGAUCAGCACUUAAGCUUUGAGGGGCUUCUGAAAGAAGAAAGCAUGUGCAGUCAGGAAAUCGCUGCCUAUGAGACGAAGAUUGAGAACUGGAAUCUGUCUGUCAAAUUAGACUCUAAACGCCCCCCUGCUGUCACAGUUAAGAAGACUAAACCUCCAGACGGAGACCUUCCUCCAGAUGUCAGAGCCCUGGAGUCCUUCCUGCAGAGGACAGGAGGGCCUAAUGGGGGCUGGGAUGAAUAUGACCAUAAAGCUUUCCUCAGGGUGUGGACCAAGCACAGCGGGCAACCAGCCUACAGGAGGGAAGCCAAACUGUAUCUGCCUGGUAAAAUGCUGGAGGACAUAGAGCGACAUGAGGAGUGGUACCAGGAGCUGAUCCACCUACAGGACAGGAAGAGAGAGGCUAUCCAGCGGUGGAAAGCCAGUAAGGAGCAGGAACGCCAGGCCAGGAUGCAGAGACAGCAGGAGGUGGAGCAGACAGAGGGAAAGGAGAAGGAGGGCAAGACCCAGGCCCAACAACACAGGGAUGAAGAAGAGAGAAGAGAGGCGGCACGGCGGCUGGAGGAGUGGAGGGAAGAGAGGAGAAGGAAAGAGGAGCAGGAAGAGGAGCAGAGACUGGCUGAGGAGAUACGCAAGAGCAGACGGGCCAAGGAAGAGCGUCGUCGCCAACUGGAGGCGAAGAUGGCCGUUGAGAAGCAGCUCCGGCUCAGACGUGAGGAUGAAGAGGAGCAGGAGAGGAGGAGAAGAGAGAAGGAACAGAGAGAGAUGGAGGAGAGGAGGAGGGAGGCAGCAGUGGGAAUCAGAUGCUUCCAGGAGAGGGAUCUUCACAAGGUGGAGGCAAAGCUUCAGUUGAAACAGCUGAAGGAGCAACAGGAAGUGGAGAGACAACAGAGAAUCACCACCAAAAUGAAGGAGAAGGUGGAGGGUCACAUCAGCAGAGAUCCCUCCAGACUGACGCGUCCUACCAAGGGAUGGGAAGAGCGAAUGAAACACAUCGGACCUUCAGGAGGAGGGCCUGUACUACAGAUGUUUCACAGAGCUGUUCCCAGCUGGAGACAAGGCCUAUGAUUAACACAAUGCACCGUCCUGAUAUUUAUUAAGACCUCAGCGAUCAAGCAAUCAUGGAGUUUUCUUUUCUCUAAUUUUCUUUUUUUUUAAGGAAAACUACAGCACCUCAACACUUCAACACCGCAUUGUGCCUUUGUUUAUAUUUGUUGUGUUGCUUUUUGCUAUAUGUUUUGUACAAUGUAUUAACCAAAUAAACUUUGCAUUGUGCUCUU